AUCGCCCAUCAUGGACAAACAAAUCCGUCCCGUUUUCACCCUCGAACUCAACCACAAAAUCGUGCCUGGCCUUGUGACCAUCGGCAAAUACGACGGCACCCACCCAUGUCUCACCGCUGCGACCGCCGCCGACAAGGUUCUCAUCCACAGCCCCCAUCGCAAGAACCCCAACACCAUCGGACGGGUCGUAUGGUCGGAAUCCAAUCGCGAAAUCGCGACUUUGAACAUAAACCAGACCAUAACGGCCCUUAUUGCCGGGGUUUUGGUACCAGAAGACGACAAAGAUGUGUUAAUAGUAGGCAGUGAGACCCAUAUUCUGGUCUAUCACGUGCACGACAACAGGGAUAUUUUCUACAAAGAGUGCCAUGAUGGGGUCAAAGCCAUUACUUUGGGGAGUUUUAGGGAUGGGAAAGGACCCAUUGUCAUGGUUGGGGGGAAUUCCUCAGUGCAUGGGUUUGACCAUCAAGGGAAUGAGGUGUUUUGGACAGCGGUGGGCGACGUAGUCACAGCCUUGGUGUUAAUGGACUUUGAUAAAGAUGGCACCAAUGAAUUGGUAGUAAGCUCGGAAGAUUUCAAAAUCCGUGUUUUCAAAGGCGACCAGAUAAUCAGCGAGCAAAUGGAAACGGAAGUGGUGACCGGUUUGGCCCCACUUCCGGAAAACAGGUUUGCGUAUUCGGUCUCAAACGGAACUGUCGGUGUUUACGACCAGGAUGUGAGACUUUGGCGUGUCAAGUCCAAACAUUUCGCUAUUUCGAUGCAAAGCUACGACUUAUUGGGGCAGGGGGCGACUCAAUUGAUCACCGGCUGGUCCAAUGGUAAAAUCGACUGUCGGGCGAUUAAAACCGGGGAAGUACUGUUCAAGGACACCAUGAAUUCGGGGGUCGCGGGGGUGGUGGAGGGGGAUUACCGGUCGGUUGGCAAGACUGACGCGAUUUGCGUCUCGAGUGAAGGGGAAGUUCGAGGUUAUACAACGACUAAAUCGUUGUCGACGCCCCCUGGGGCUGGAUUAGAGCAAGAUACAGUAAGGGAGUUGCUUGCACGCAAACAAGCACUUGCUUUAGAAUUGAAACAUUAUGAAAAUAACACAAAAUAUAACGAAAAUGCCUACAAUCAAAUGGACAGUUACGAAAAUAAUGGGGUAAUCCCCGCAAACACCAGAUUACAAAUCGGGAUUGCGACGAGUGAAGAAAAAUCAAAACAUAAUCAUGUUGAAGUUUAUGUCUCCACCAAUAACACUACAAUAAUCAAAGCGGUUUUAAUCUUCGCUGAAGGGAUUUUUAAGGGGGAAACACACGUGGUUCACCCACCACAAAACAAGCUAAGUUCUGAUAUCCUCAUCCCUUUGUUUAUCCCCCGGGACACCCCCGUCGACAUCCACAUUAAGGCCUUAGUUGGGUAUCAAAACAGCGUCCAAUUCCACGUUUUUGAAAUCACACGCCAACUCCCCCGCUUCUCGAUGUACACCCUCUUAUCGACAUCGCCCCCAUGUGACAGUUUCGUCGAAUUUCAAAUCAAUGAUCGUCUCCAGAGGAUUUGCAUGUGGCUCAACCAAAACUUCCUCUUCCCUAAUGACCUCGAAGCGGACGGGACGAGUCUCAAAUUGCACUUAAAGUGUCUCAGAGACGGGUCAGUGCUCACUUUGGCGUUUGACGCUUCGGGGAAGACCCUAUUUUUUACGGAGAACAUGUCCCUAGCCGCUGAUUUGGUCCAGUCUCUGGCGGCAUUCCUCAAAAUUGAGAGUCUGGAGGCGAGAGCGUCGUUUCCGAAACAGGAAGACAUCUUGAAAGUUUGUAUGGAGAAGUUGGGGGAAAUACAGGACGCGAGAUUGAGGUUAGGGACGGAUGUGGCUGAUCGGAUUGGCCAGAUUCGGGGGUUGGUGAUCAGGGGCGAGGAUUGCCGCAUCAAUGACAUAGAGGAAAUGCCGAGAUAUUACGUGGAACUCGACAGAAUUAAUAAAGAAUUGAUCAGUAGCUACAAUAUUCGCUUACAGAACUACAACGAGGGUUUGGAGACUAUGAAAAACAUCAAUUCGAUUAUUCAAAGAGCGUCACGUUUGAGAGUGGGGCCCAAUUCGUCCGCUAUGAUAAACCACUGUCGAGCAGCCAUCAAGAAUAACAACACUGACGGACUUUUAAAAAUUAUACGAACUGGUGAAUUGUAAUUCUGUUUUAUAAAAAAAAGAUUUGAAUUUUGCGCCAUCACAUUUAGUGAUUUGUUGUUUGUAAGGUUGGUAGUGAAACAAUUGGCGGUCGAUCAAACUUGAUGGUGGGUGCUUUUCGCCAAACACAAGUCGAAAAAUUGGUGUUAAAUCAGUGAUUUGGUACAAAUUUUGUGUGAAAAGACGUUAGUGUUGCAGUGUGGAGUGAUUGGGGUCGAGCUAAGCCGGGAUUUCUGUGUUUCCCAAAGAUCAAAAAUUAAAUUUGGGUAAUGUUGCUCGAAUUUUGAAACACUUCACCCGUCGAAAAUUCAACUUAUUCAAGUUUGCUUUUUGAGUUUCAUAUGAGAGUCUCUAGUCGUACAAGAAACAUCAUUUUUCAAUUUUGGUUGAUUUCGAUUUUGCAAAAUUUUUCAAAAAUUAAAAAAACCUUUGUAAUCCACUGAUAAUGUUACGUCAAGCGAAACAUUUGCAAAAAAGGGGAAAAUUAAAUUACUUGGGGCACGCCACUUACUGAUACGACAAAAAAUUGGAACGAGAGUUCAAAAUGCGCAAGUUCGAAUCCUAGCACGGCCAAUUUUUUUUUUCGAAAAUAAUUAUUCAAUUCUUUCAAAUGCAAUCCCACAAUGUUUUAUGCACUUUUUCGAGUUUCUAGGGGCUUUAGAAUCGUAAUUUGUUACAAUUUUGCAGUUUUCAGUUUUUUCAGUUUUGGUCGAUUUUUCAAAAUUUGAAGCACGGAAAUCAUAACCUUCGCUUUUUGAGUUUCAAAAUGAGGUAGAAAUACAAACAAAAGCGUAAAGAAUAUGAAAAUGAGUUAAUUUGAGUUUAAAUGAUUGAUCAAUAUUUUUUUUUCAAUUUCAGUUGCGAUUUAAAAUUUGUGUAAAAACACGAAAAAAAAAGAAAAGAAAUACGCUAAAUUAUUCCCCAGAUCUAGGAUGUCACUUGAAAUAAAACAAUGAUAAUCAUUAAUAAGAAUAAUAAGUAACACAUUUCUGUUUUAAAAAGGAUUUUAUGAUAAAAUAUGAAAAAAUAAGAAUCGAAAUUCCGGAAUCGAACCUGCGUUGUUUUUUGUUGACUAUUCGAACUUGCUGAAAUCAAAGAAAGAACUCACUCUCUCGUGGAUUUUAUUUUAAAAAAUUGAAAAAAAAAUGUUUGUGUUGGGAUUCGAACUUGCAUUUUUCGAAUUUGUCAUUUUGAUACGAACAAUGUGAAUGUCUUUAUUUUCACAAAGUAAAUUAUAUAAUUAAUGUAGAAUUGAUUAUGAUGAAGAAAAUUAGUUAA